CUCUUUCACACAGUCCUUAAAACCCACUUCAUCUCCUGAAGAUCGAGACAGGGCAAGACAAUCACAGCUCCAUUUCAUCUCUCCGUGGCAACCCCCCCCCCUGGCCUUCAACACCGCUGACAAGACAACAAUGUCCAGCCUGCCCAUGACGCUCCUGCUCUCCGUCGUGUCCAAGAUGCCCAAGCCCAUCCGUGACUCCGUCGAAAUGCGCAUCCCCGACAUCACCAACGACGCCUCCAAGGUCCAGCUCCUCCGCCCAUCCCACGUCUACGUCGAGCAUCCCAACCUCGACCAGUUCGCCAAGUUUGCUGCCGACUUCGGCCUCGUGGAAGCGUCGCGCUCCCGCACCGGCGACACCAUCUACUUCCGCGGCUACGGCCGCGACCCGUACUGCUACGUCGCGACGAAGAGCAGGGACUCAGUACCCCGGUUCAAGGGCGGCGCGUUCGUCGCCCGGUCCCGCGAGGACUUUGACAAGGCGGCACGCAUGCCGGGGGCGACGCUGGGGUCGCUCACAUACUGCCCCGGCGGCGGCGAGAUUGUGACUUUCACUCGGCCAGACAACACCUUUUUCCACGUCGUCUACGGGCAAAAGGAACGAGAGCCAGACCACCACACCCAAGGAACCGGCGCCGACGACUAUAACGCCGGCGAGACCGUCCACGAGCCCUCAGCCAUCACCGAGUCCCUGGGCCCUUUCAACACGCCCUUCUCCAAGCCGCGCAAGGGCAAGUUCCAGCGCUUCCACCCAGGUCCAGCGCUCGUGCACAAGCUGGGCCACUUUGGCUACGUGUUUCCGGACUUUGACGCCGAGCUCGCCUGGUACACGGGCAACUUCAACUUUGUGCCCUCGGACGUGCUGCACCACUGGGACUUUGCCAACAUUGACGUCAUGGCCUUCAUGCACCUCGACCACCUCGACCACAAGGACCAGCAGCGGCAGCAGCAGCAGCAGCAGCCCGGCGCAGGCAAGGGCGAGAUCGAGAGUGCUGAGGACGAGAGUUGGUGGUCCGAUCACCACUGCUUCUUCCUCCAGCGCGCGGAGCCCCACGUCACAAAGGCCUUCUGCCACCACACCUCGUUCGAGGUGUCCGACGUCGACACGCAGCUCGUCGGGCACGAGUAUCUCGCCUCCAAGGGCUGGCACAGCGUGUGGGGCGUCGGCAGGCACGUCCUGGGCAGCCAGAUCUUUGACUACUGGGCCGACCCGAGCGGGUUCAAGAUUGAGCACUACGCCGAUGGGGACCUUGUGGGCAAAGGGACGCCGACCAAGAGGGAGGUCGUGGGGCCGUUUGCCGUGUGGGGGCCCGAGAUGCCGAGUGACUUUGGGGAUAAGUUUCCAGAGGCGUUUCUGAGCAAGAUGCGUGGCAGUGGCGAUGGGAGUGCUGGUGGGUUCCUGUCGCGCUGGUGGUGGUCUGGUAGUCAGGCGUAG